AUGCCUCAGAGAAACGGGGCGUUGGAGGAUGGUUACGCCCGUGUCAGCGUUGUCAUAGGCACACAGUGGGGCGAUGAGGGCAAGGGGAAGCUGGUGGACCUUUUGAGCGAAUCCACAGAUGUCGUUUGUCGAUGUCAGGGCGGGAACAAUGCUGGUCACACGGUUAUUCACAGUGGCCAGGAGUAUUUCUUCCAUAUGAUCCCAAGUGGGGUGAUGAACCCGAAAGCCCUAGCCAUAAUCGGUAACGGCGCAGUGGUGAACAUCGCAGAACUAUUCAAGGAAAUUGAAGAGGCCGAGUCCAAGGGUUUGAAAGACGUAGAACAUCGCGUCCGAAUAUCUGACAGAUGUCAUAUUAUUAUUGAUGUCCAUCGAAUGGCGGAUGGGCUGGAGGAAGAACUGAGGGGUAAAGGUUCAAUCGGGACUACAAAGAGGGGAAUCGGGCCGACCUAUUCAUCAAAGGUCACGCGGAAUGGCCUUCGCAUGUGCGAUUUCGUUGGCAACUGGGACGCAUUUGUCACGAAGUACAACGAACUAAUCACCUAUGUCAGACGUCGUUAUCCGAAGCUGGAUAUCAAUGUUCAGGAAUCCCUUCGGGAGCUUGCCGCCUAUAGACAGCGCAUAUCACCUAUGGUCUGCGACACGGUUUCCCUGAUGAACAAACUCAUUUCCGAUCCGAAUUGCGAAAUUUUGGUUGAAGGUGCACAGUCCAAUAUGUUGGACGUGGACUUUGGAACUUAUCCGAACGUCACCUCCUCCAAUUGCACUGUAGGUGGAGCAUGCACAGGUUUGGGCGUACCCCCCGCGCGGAUUGGCCCGGUGUAUGGAGUUUUGAAAGCGUACACAACUCGCGUUGGCUCGGGACCUUUCCCCACAGAACUAAAAGAUGGCAUUGGCUCAAGGUUGCAAGAACUCGGAAAGGAAUGGGGCGUAACGACGAAGCGGCGUCGGCGUGUGGGUUGGCUUGACACAGUGAUUGUUCGAUAUGCUCACAUGAUCAACAAUUUUUCAGCCCUUGCGUUGACAAAAUUGGACGUACUGGAUGGUUUGGAAGAGGUAUUUAUCGGUCGUGCUUAUGUAGACACUGAAACCGGUCAAGAGUUGGCUGUUCCUCCUGCAGACUCCAGCAUCCUAGAACGCGUAAAUGUGGUCUAUGACAUCUUGCCUGGCUGGAGUGAGACUACCCGUGGCUGCACUUCAUUCGAUCAACUUCCGGAAGCUGCAAGACAAUACGUCUUGGCAGCUGAGCGUCUCUGUGGCGUCCCUAUUCGCUGGAUUGGUACUGGUGCCUCUCGUGAUGCAAUUAUUGUACGUGACGUGUAGUAAAACCCACCCCUUCUGAACACGUAUAGCCCACUUUUGGACUCUGGUCAAUCCUUUUUUCGGCUAGCUAGUAGCCAUUUUGUACUUCUGCCUUCUACUAUUUCCAUCGUCCCAACUAUGGUCCCUUCAAGUUUAGAAGAGAGGAUUUUCAACUUUCAGAUCGUGCCAGUGUUCUUGUUUUACAAACUUUGACCUAUAAACUCCUUUUCCUACAGUUUUCCAAGAAUUCAUCAGUUGCGGAAUAAGAGUACGGUUUGGAUCUGUCGUAAAAUGAAUUCGGUAUUGUUGGAAACUGAGUUUACACACAAAAAGGCUAACUGUUU